AUGGCAUCUGAUCUGAGUUCGAGUUUGUCGAAGAAAACAUCUGUUCUUGGUUUGGAAGUAUGGGAGUUAAUGGGGUUAAUAGUUGGUUUGUUCAUUGUAAUCAUUCUUCUAGUGAUAUCAAUAUGUCUUACUUCGAAAAAGAAGUCCAGAAGAAUCAACGGCAUGCUUCCGGUAACUCAUAGGUUAUCUGUUUCCGAAGAGAUCAAAGAGAUUAGCGUUGAUCAGGUUUCAACAAAUGGUCAUCCUCAGAAUGGCAUGUUUAUGAGUCUUUACGACAAGUUUAAUGACAAGGAGGCCGAAAAGGUUUUGCUGCAAACAAAGAAUGGGGAGUAUAGCAGUCAAUCAGGCUCGUUUGUUCAUGUCGAGAAAGAUGUUGCUGGCUCUCAAUCGGGUGAUGAAAGUGGUGCGAGGCGCCUUUCUGCGCAUAGGCCUUCUGUAACUUCACCGUCUCCUUUGUCUGGUCUUCCGGAAUUCUCUCACCUUGGUUGGGGGCACUGGUUUACAUUGAGAGACCUAGAACUAGCAACAAACAAGUUUUCCAAAGACAAUAUUAUCGGCGAAGGAGGAUACGGAGUUGUUUAUCAAGGUCAGCUGAUCAACGGGAAUCCUGUCGCUAUUAAAAAGCUUCUAAAUAAUCUUGGACAAGCCGAAAAGGAAUUUAGAGUGGAAGUUGAGGCGAUUGGUCAUGUUAGGCACAAGAACUUGGUUAGACUUUUGGGAUUUUGCAUUGAAGGCACUCACAGGUUGUUGGUUUAUGAGUAUGUUAACAAUGGAAACUUAGAACAAUGGCUUCAUGGAGCCAUGCGGCAAUAUGGUUUCCUCACAUGGGAGGCUCGGAUUAAAAUUCUACUUGGAACAGCUAAAGCGCUGGCUUACUUGCACGAAGCAAUUGAGCCAAAAGUUGUCCAUCGAGAUAUUAAGUCAAGUAAUAUUCUAAUCGAUGAUGAAUUCAAUGCCAAAAUAUCCGACUUUGGACUAGCCAAGUUACUCGGCGCUGGAAAAAGUCACAUUACAACUCGAGUUAUGGGUACUUUUGGAUACGUGGCUCCCGAAUAUGCCAAUUCUGGAUUACUAAACGAGAAGAGUGAUGUUUAUAGCUUUGGUGUACUGCUCCUUGAAGCAAUUACUGGAAGAGAUCCAGUAGAUUAUAGCCGUUCACCAGCCGAGGUAAACUUGGUCGAUUGGCUCAAGAUGAUGGUCGGUAAUAGGCAUGCAGAAGAGGUAGUGGACCCAAACAUUGAGACGAGACCGUCAACAAGUGCCCUUAAAAGAGCCCUUUUGACUGCUUUGAGGUGUGUUGAUCCAGAUUCUGAAAAAAGACCAAGUAUGAGUCAAGUUGUCCGCAUGCUCGAAUCUGAAGAAUAUCCAAUACCUCGAGAGGACCGAAGACGCAGGAAGAGUAAUGCCACAAAUGCUGACGCGGAGACACAUAAGGAAACUUCUGAUACUGACAAGAGCGAUCAUCCAGAUUCCAAGUCCGUCGGAAAAAAUGGAAGAAGGAAUCAACGGAAGUAA